AUGGCUGUGUUUUCUCGAAGACACCAUCCAGCCAUCCCUCGGCUCCGCUCGAGAUCGACCGACCAAACCGCCGCUCUCAAAACCGAACGUCACCCUAGAAGUGGCCACUCGCUCAAAGUUGCUACUUCGAUCCUGGCCAACAUUCGCCGUAUUCCCCAGCGGCGAACCAGAAGAAACGCGAUUGUCGACGACGGGAGCCAGCUCACGCUACAGAAACUCCCCAACGAUGUCAUGUUGAUGGUCAUGAAAGAGCUGGACGUUCCCUCUCGCAUCAGUCUCAGCCUCACCAACAAGUUAUUUGCGGAGAGAGUCCAGAUGGUCUCCACAGUUCUUAACGAUCGAGCAUCUAUCGUGAAGUUCCACGCACGAUGUCCCAGUGGCGCGUGCUUGUACGCAAAUCAUAUAUCCGACCGACGCAUUCUACUGCUUCAGCUGCACAAAUGGAUGCCGCGCGGUUAUCGGUUGUGUUGGAAAUGUCAGCGAUACUCGAAGAUCAAGGGGACGAAAUGGCACUGCACAACAAGAGUGAAUUUCGCCGGACUCGGCCGUCUCAACAUUCAUGCCAUCAACCAACUGGGCCUUUGGAAAGUAUUUUGUCAUGACAAAUGCUUGCCUUCUGGAAGAGAGCUUUCCAAGUGGGUCUGGGAGACCAAGGGUGCGUCCGGUGGCUUUGCUAGGUUUACCGGCAGCCCUGAGCGACCAAGUGGCGGCGAAUUGUACGAUGCAGGCUUCUAA